GGGAAUUUCUUUGCGCAUGUAACUCGCCGCAAGCCAUGGUUUCCUUGUACAAUCUAGAUUUCUUCCAACAUCUCACAACCCUUACUGCUUAGCCAAAAUGGAUGAGCUGUUCGACGUGUUCGAGGACAAAGCACAGGGUGCUCAGCCUCCACACAACAGUACACCCAAGCUAAGCAGAGGCGAGAGAAAACGUCUGAAGCGACAAGCCGAUGGCGAGAUGAAAGAUGCCAUCGAUGGGGAUGAUGUUACAUGGCCUUCCACGAACGGAGCUUCACCGGCCUCAGAAGAUGAUGAGGCCAAAUCUCCCGAGGGCGAUGGACCGGACACGAAGCGCAGACGCAUGGAAGACGAGCCAGAACCUGUUGUUACAGACACUUUCGAGACCGAACAAUCACGAGAGGUCGCGGCGUCUGCCGGGCUCGGGGCUCGUACAGAAGAAGAGAAGGUCAUAUUGUCGCAUCAAGUUCGACAUCAAGUCGCCCUGCCGCCUGACUAUGAUUAUGUUCCAAUCUCCCAACACAAAUCACCUGCAGAGCCGGCCAGAACGUGGAAAUUCCAGCUCGAUCCAUUCCAGCAAGUUUCCAUUGCAUCAAUUGAAAGAAAUGAAAGUGUCCUGGUCUCGGCACAUACGAGUGCAGGCAAGACGGUCGUGGCCGAGUAUGCAAUCGCACAGUGUCUCAAGAACAAUCAACGAGUCAUCUACACCAGUCCUAUUAAGGCUUUGAGUAAUCAGAAAUACCGAGAAUUUCAGGCCGACUUCGGUGAUGUUGGAUUGAUGACCGGAGACGUCACCAUCAACCCCACCGCUACCUGCCUUGUCAUGACCACUGAGAUUUUGCGGUCGAUGCUCUACCGAGGCUCGGAGAUCAUGCGAGAGGUGGGAUGGGUCGUCUUCGACGAGAUCCAUUAUCUACGAGACAAGACUCGAGGUGUCGUGUGGGAGGAGACCAUCAUUUUGCUUCCUGACAAAGUCCGCUAUGUGUUCUUGUCGGCAACCAUUCCCAACGCUAUGCAGUUUGCAGAAUGGAUUACCAAGACACACAGCCAGCCAUGUCAUGUUGUGUACACAGAUUUCAGACCGACACCCUUGCAACACUACUUCUUCCCGGCUGGUGCAGACGGCAUACACUUGAUAGUGGACGAAAAAGGUGUUUUCAGAGAGGACAACUUCCAGAAAGCCAUGACUUCCAUUGAAGACAAGCAGGGUGACGACCCUGCCAACGCCUUGGCCCGUAGGAAGGGUAGAGGCAAGGACAAGAAGUUAAAUAAAGGUGGGAAUAAGGGUCCCUCUGACAUUUACAAAAUUGUCCGGAUGAUCAUGACAAAGAAUUACAACCCGGUUAUCGUCUUCAGUUUCAGCAAAAGAGACUGCGAAGCUUACGCCAUACAAAUGAGUACCAUGUCUUUCAACGAGGAUUCGGAGAAAGCAAUGGUCUCGAAGGUCUUUGACAGCGCAUUGGAGAUGCUCUCGCCCGAAGACAAGAAUCUACCUCAGAUUCAGCAUUUGCUGCCGUUGCUACGCCGUGGUAUUGGCAUCCAUCAUUCUGGUCUUCUACCCAUUCUCAAGGAAACGAUCGAAAUCUUGUUCCAAGAAGGGUUGAUCAAGGUACUCUUCGCAACUGAGACAUUCUCAAUCGGCCUCAACAUGCCGGCGAAGACAGUCGUCUUCACCAGCGUUCGCAAAUUCGACGGCAUCUCACAACGAUGGGUUACCCCUUCCGAGUUCAUCCAGAUGUCUGGGCGUGCUGGUCGUCGUGGAUUGGACGAACGUGGAAUUGUCAUCAUGAUGAUCGACGAGAAGAUGGACCCUGGCGUCGCAAAAGAGAUCGUCCGAGGUGAGCAGGACAAGUUGAACUCGGCAUUUUACCUUGGUUACAACAUGAUUCUGAACUUGCUCAGAGUUGAGGGUAUUUCACCAGAGUUCAUGCUGGAGAGAUGUUUCCAUCAGUUCCAGAGUACGGCAAGUGUUUCGGGUCUUGAAAAGGAACUCUCGAGGUUGGAAGCCGAAAAGUCUGCAAUGGUGAUCGAAGAUGAAAAUGCGAUUCGAGCUUACUACGAUUUGAGGAAGCAACUCGAUCUCUAUGCUGAGGACAUGCGAAACGUCAUCAUCCACCCGAACUAUUCCUUGCCCUUCAUGCAACCAGGUCGGCUGGUCUAUAUCAAAGACGGUGAACACGAGUUUGGCUGGGGCGCUGUCAUCAAUUUUGCCAGAAGAAGCCCUGGUCGAUCGCACGAGAAGAUGACCCCUCAAGAAGAAUGGAUCUUGGACAUUGCUUUGGAAUGUGCUGAAGGUUCCACACCCACCACAAAGACGUUUCAGUCUCUGCCUGCCGGCGUUCGUCCCCCCAAUCCUGGUGAGAAGUCAAAAGUCGAGGUGGUCCCAGUUCUGUUGAAGUGUGUUCAGAAAAUCUCUCACAUCCGUAUUUUCAUUCCUGCAGAUAUGACGAUUACGGAAGAGAAGAAGCGGGUCCAGAAGGCACUCGUCGAGGUACAGAGACGAUUUCCCGAUGGCAUUGCUGUUCUUGACCCUAUCGAGAACAUGAAGAUCACCGACAACUCAUUCAAAGAGCUCCUCCGCAAGAUCGAGAUUAUGGAAUCAAGACUUGUUGCCAACCCUCUGCAUAAUUCCCCACGCCUCGAAGGAUUGUACAAUCAAUACGCUGAAAAGGUCAACCUCACGAACAAAAUCCGAACCCUGAAGAAGCAGAUUCAGGACGCUCACGCAAUCAUGCAGCUGGAAGAGCUGAAAUGCCGCAAGAGAGUGCUUCGCCGUCUGCAGUUCAUCAACGAAGACGAAGUUGUUCAAUUAAAGGCUCGAGUGGCUUGCGAAAUCAGCACUGGUGAUGAGUUGAUGCUUAGUGAACUUCUGUUUAACCGCUUCUUCAACGAUUUGUCACCAGAACAGUGUGCUGCUGUGAUGAGCUGUUUUGUUUUCGAAGAGAGGGUCAAUGAACAACCGGUCCUGCCUGAAGAUCUUGCCAGACUAUCACGAGAGAUCCAGCGUCAAGCCAGAAUCAUCGCGAAGGUAUCGGUCGAGUCCAAGUUGGCUGUCAACGAGGAAGAAUACGUGCAGAGUUUCAAGUGGCAGCUGAUGCCCGUGAUUUACGCCUGGGCGAAAGGCAAGUCAUUUGGCGAGAUCUGCAAAAUGACCGAUGUCUACGAGGGCAGUCUCAUCCGUACUUUCCGACGACUUGAAGAAGGCCUACGUCAAAUGGCGGAAGCCUCUAAAGUCAUGGGGAGCGAGGAGUUGGAGAAAAAGUUCGAAGAGGCACUGACCAAGGUAAGAAGAGAUAUUGUGGCUGCCCAGUCACUAUAUCUCUAGUGUUUCUAUGAUAGCCAGGCGAUAUUUCUUUUGUGCGAGCAUAGCGACCUGUCUGUUGGAGUAACUUGUUGUUUGCAUGAUACCCAUGGACUGGCUUCUUCAGCAACCAGUGCUUCUCAUGAGGGUCGUGGGUGAUGCAGGUAUGAUGUUAUUGCCUGGAAAAAUGUCACACUACAGACCUCUCGUGCUGCAUUACAUUGGGACUGCGGAAGAGUCCUUCCUCAUGAAGUCAGGAAGUUCCAUCCUUAUCAUGACAAUCUUAUUCAUUUCUUUACCUGGCAGUGGUGGAAAGCUGCAUUAAGACAAA